UAAAACAAGCGACGGUUGAGUUAAUAAUGAAAAGAAUCACUACACUACUCCUUAAUAUUAGUACCAAGUAAGUACCAGAAACUUCCUCUGUUCACCUCACCUCACCUCACCCCAACCUCCUCAACCUCAACUUCCACAUCUUCUCUUCUCUUCUCUUCUCCAUCACCCACUUCCUCCGCCGCCGGGAACACUCAGACCCAAACCCCUUUCACCUCCUCCGCCACCAACUCCGGUGACCCACCAAAAAAAAUUCAAUCUUUUUUUCAUAUAAUAAUGUUCAGGGACAUAUCGAGUUGCAAUACGUACAACUAUGGCGAUGCCUUGUACUGGGAUGCCCGCUAUAUCCAGGAAGGUGGAUCCUUUGACUGGUACCAGCGUUACUCUGCGCUUCGCCCAUUUGUUCGCAAGUAUUUCCCAACCACUUCUCGGGUCCUCAUGGUUGGCUGUGGCAAUGCUGUUAUGUCCGAGGACAUGGUUAAGGACGGAUAUGAAGACAUAAUGAAUAUUGACAUUUCAUCAGUUGCCAUUGAAAUGAUGAAAAGAAAGCACGUGCAUAUUCCUCAGUUGAAAUAUAUGCAAAUGGAUGUUAGAGACAUGAGUGCCUUCCCAGAUGACUCAUUCGACGGCAUCCUUGAUAAAGGAACUCUGGAUUCUUUGAUGUGUGGCACCGAUGCUCCUGUUAGUGCUUCUCAAAUGCUAGGAGAAGUCAGUAGGCUUCUUAAACCGGGAGGUAUUUAUAUGUUGAUAACUUAUGGUGAUCCUAGAGUAAGGAUGCCUCAUUUGAACAAACCAGCAUACAAUUGGAAAAUUAUGUUAUACAUUAUACCUAGACCUGGAUUCGAAAAGCGUGAAGGUGGUAGUUCAUCAACCAGGCCGAGUUUGGAACCAAUUCCUACAACCGAGAAUGGCUUACUCCCAGCGGAUUUUGUUUUGGAAGAUCCAGAUUCUCACUUUAUAUACAUGUGUAAAAAAUUGGAUGAUACAGAGCUGACUGCUGAUGUCUUGUAGUAAUUUACCAGCGACACGGCACCGAUGAUCUAAGGUACUACAUGCUUACAAGCUUCAAAUCACACAGCAUAAUCAUUCAUGGGAUUACCAUUCUUGCUUGUACAAUGAGGACUAGUCAUUAGCAUCCUUGUUGUGUUUUGUAACAGAUAAAUGUUUCCAUUUAGUAAUUCAGUGUGCUAGCUUAACUUAUAGAGUGAAAAAUAUAUAUUUUUUAAAAAAAAAUAGCCAAGGAAAAUGGAACUCUUGAGAGAAACUAUAGUGGAAAUCAAUAAGGAUCAUCUUCUUAUUUGUUUUUCUUUU